CCAAUCAGAACCGCGCCCAGCGGCCCUCUCCUCCCGCCCAGUGUUUUAGUGCUGCAGACCAGGCGCCAUCUUGUCUCGGAGAAAUAAACUGCCGCCGUUGUGUUGAAGGCGACCUAAGAGGGCAAGAUGCUGUAUCUGGAGGAUUACCUGGAGAUGAUCGAGCAGCUUCCCAUGGAUCUGCGCGACAGGUUUACGGAAAUGCGUGAGAUGGACCUGCAGGUGCAGAAUGCCAUGGACCAGUUAGAGCAACGGGUCGGAGAGUUUUUCUCUAAUGCCAAGAAAAACAAGCCUGAAUGGAGGGAAGAACAAAUGACUGCUAUUAAAAAAGAUUAUUUUAAAGCCUUGGAAGAUGCAGAUGAAAAAGUACAGCUAGCAAAUCAAAUUUAUGAUCUGGUAGACCGACAUUUGAGAAAACUUGACCAAGAACUGGCGAAAUUUAAGAUGGAACUGGAGGCUGAUAAUGCUGGCAUUACUGAAAUAUUGGAAAGAAGGUCUUUAGAACUAGACACACCAACUCAGCCUGUGAAUAACCACCAUGCUCAUUCUCAUUCCACCGGAGAGAAAAGGAAGCACAAUCCAUCAUCCCAUCAUUCUACUACAGACCAUGUACCAGAGAAAAAAUUCAAGUCUGAGGCGUUGUUAUCAACACUUACGUCUGAUGCGUCUAAAGAAAAUACUCCAGGGUGUAGAAAUACCAUGUCCUCCACUACUACUAACGUUUACAACGUGAAUUCCUCCCAGCCACUAGCAUCAUAUAACUUGAGCUCUCUUUCAAGCGGAGCUGCUGCAGGAGCUGGAGCUGGGGCCAUUACCAUGGCAGCUGCUCAAGCGGUUCAAGCAACAGCACAGAUGAAAGAAGGAAGACGAACGUCCAGUAUGAAAGCCAGCUAUGAGGCAUUUAAAAAUAACGACUUCCAACUUGGGAGAGAGUUCUUGUCUAGAGACUCGACGAGUUAUUCAUCUUCAGCCUUGGCUUCUACACUAACACAGACCUUGACGUCUUCAGCAACCACAGACUCAAGAAGUGGCCGAAAAAACAAGAGCAAUAAUAAAUCUGCAAAUCAACAAUCUUCAUCGUCUUCAUCUUCUUCCUCAUUGUCCUCUUGCUCGUCGUCAUCUGCUCUAGCGCAUGAGCUGUCUCAUCAACAGACAGCAGCUGUUCCAGAGACGGACUCUAAUAGCCAAGUUGACUGGACAUAUGAUCCCAAUGAGCCCCGCUAUUGUAUCUGUAAUCAGGUAUCUUAUGGUGAAAUGGUAGGAUGUGAUAAUCAAGAUUGCCCUAUUGAAUGGUUCCAUUACGGAUGUGUAGGAUUAUCAGAAGCUCCCAAAGGAAAGUGGUAUUGCCCACAGUGCACAGCUGCCAUGAAAAGACGAGGAAGCAGACAUAAAUAAAAUGAAAAAAAGACUUCCUUAAACAUCUAAAACAUUUUUUUUUUUAUUAAACUGAAACCUGCACAUCAUUUCAUGUUCACAGCAGUUCAUUUGGUAAUUGGAUUGGACAGUCGCUGGAGUAUUCAAAAGAAUACUAUCUCGGUAUAUCGUCAUCUCAUAUGUCAAUAUAUGGCAUUUUGAAGUCAUAUUUCUGUCCUUCUGGGAUUUCAAUGCUGAGGGUUAUCUGUAACUUCUGUGCAUAUUUUACAGAGGUAAUUCUAUGAAAACGCUAUAUGAAACAAAGGCUAUAAUGGAACAUGGUAUAAAAAUGUCACAGGAUCUACUAUUAAAUAAGAGUAUGCAGUAAUUUUUAAGCUCCUUUUUAUAUAUAUCUAUUUUGUUUUCUUCAGAAACAUGUCUCAGCUGGCUGAAGAAACUUAUCAGUGUUGUUGGGCUGGCAUCCAUUAACUGUACAUAACCUAUUUAAUCUGUUAUGUGAGAGAGACAAUUUUGUUAAUGUUACUACACAAAUACUGGUGGCAACAUCAGUGUGAUUUCCUUUUUUACCAAAUGAUUUUUUUGUGUUUUCAAUGUAGUAGUGACAAGCAAGUAAAAUACAACUUAUUUGACGUUUUUGUUAUGAAUUAACUCUUAGGAAGUAUGAUAUUGUGACCAUUUGUUAAACUUUGACUGGUAGGAUGUUUCAUGAUAAGAUGUCCUGGCAUUGUGAAUGAUUAAAGAGUU